AUGCCACCACAAAAUUUUGUCAUUCUUGGAGGUGGCAUCUCUGGUUUAACAGCUGCAUGGUAUUUAGCUCGUAAUGCGCCCUCCUCAACAAAAAUCACAUUGUUAGAAGCAUCAGAUAGAUUUGGUGGAUGGAUACGAAGUACACGUGUUGGAGAAGAAAGGAUACUUUUUGAACAAGGCCCCAGAACCUUGAGACCUAGUGGAUUAGGUGCAGGUGUUAUACUGGAUAUGGCUGCAAAAUUGAAUCUAACAGGAUUCAUUCAUGCAGUUGGUAAAUCUGAACCAGCUGCCAGAAACCGUUACCUAUAUUACCCAGAUCACCUCGUUCAACUUCCAGGAGGCAACUUACUUCCAGGCUUAAAAAGUGUUGUACAGAAUAAAUUUAUAUUAUCCUCACUAUAUUCAGUAUUACGUGAACCAUUUAUCAAACCAUUUAAAAAUUUGGAUGAUGAAAGUAUUCAUAAUUUUAUUACAAGAAGAUUUAAUUCAACAUUGGCUGAUACAUUGAUAAGUGCACUCGUACAUGGAAUUUACGCUGGUGAUGUAAGAAAACUUUCGAUCAAGUCCACGUUUAAACGAAUAUUUGAUAUGGAACAGAUUUAUGGAUCGGUAAUUAAAGGUACAAUUAACAGCAAAAACUUGCCUACACUUUCUCAGAAAGAUCAAAGUUGGUUGAAUUCACUUUGUGAAGAGAACAAAGAUCUUUUCGCAUUGAUGAUCACUACGAGUCUUUAUUCUUUUGCAAAUGGUAUUGAACAAUUGGUGCACGCUAUUGUUAAUGACUUGGAAGCUAGAGAAAAUGUAACUAUAAAGACGUCACAUCAUGUAAAAGAACUGAAAUUUGGUAAGGAUAUCGAGGUCUAUACAAAUGAUAUGUCAUUCAAUGCAGAUCAUAUUAUUAGUACUAUUCCAUCACACGAGUUAGCAAAUCUUCUUCCUGAGCUUCCAUAUCUAACACAUAAUCCUUCAGUAACAGUUGCAGUUGUAAACAUUGCAUAUGGCCGACCAAAUUUACUGCCAGUCAAAGGAUUUGGUUAUUUAAUUCCACACAUAACACCAAACAAUCCGUAUCAUGUCCUUGGUGUAGUAUUCGAUUCUGAUGCCAUGCCACAUCAAGAUUAUAAAAAAGAUAAGUACACAAAACUUACAAUAAUGAUGGGAGGACAUUAUUAUAAUGAUCUUUCAGAAAAUGAUUAUCCAAAUAAAGAUGAAUUGUUAAGUCAAGCAAUUGAAACAAUAGAGAAACACUUAGGAAUAUAUUCAACCCCAUUGCAAUGCAUGGCACAAAUUCAUAAGAAAUGUAUACCACAAUAUUAUAUUGGGCAUUAUUCCAGAAUGAGAGAAUUACAUUAUGCGAUUAAGAAAAAAUAUGGGAAAAGAUUGAGCGUUGGGGGAGCGAGUUAUUUUGGUGUUAGCAUUAAUGAUUGUGUUGCUAAUUCUGCAAGGUUGGCGCUCGAUUUGCUUGGAAAUGAUGAUGAAAAAGCAAUUAUUACUGGAUUAGAAAGAGUUGAAGUAGAAUGA